CCCCGCUCCUUCUGGCAACCGCCUUAUAAAAAAGGGCGUCGCAGGGACAAGCCAAACCAAGGAUUCGAGGCCUGUAUCAGACCCUUGCUCCCUGUGGCUUCUGCACCCGCCAGAGCCUCUGCAAGGGUCCCCACAUCUCUAGACUCCGCGUCAGCCUUGCUCCCCCGUGCCGCUCGCUGUGUCUGAGUCCUCGCGUCCCCGCGCCCAGGCCACCCUGAAGCAUGCGCUGUACACCGACGGCCAGAGCAGCCCUGGUGCUGUGCGCUGCCACCGCCGGGCUGCUGAGCGCACAGGGCAGCCCCGCGCGGGCUGAGCCACCGCAGCCACUGCCGCGCUUCGCGUCCUGGGAUGAGGUGAAUGUGCUGGCACACGGACUCCUCCAGCUCGGCCGCGGGCUCCGAGAACAUGUGGAGCGCACCCGGGGGCAGCUGGGCGCCCUGGAGCGGCGUCUGGGCGCGUGCGGGGCCGCCUGCGAGGAGCCGGGGGCACCUGCCACGUCGCCGCACGUCCCUGUGAGUCCAGUCUCUCGUGGCGAAGCCGCCCCCGAUACCCUCCGCCACCUGCAGACUCAGCUCCAGGCUCAGAACAGCAGGAUCGAGCUUCUCUUCCAGAAGGUGGCCCAGCAGCAGCAGCACCUGGAGAAGCAGAAUCUGAGAAUCCAGAAUCUGCAGAGCCAGGUGGGUCUCCUGGCCCCCACACAGGUGGGCCACAGGAUGGCCAAGCCUGCCAGGAGGAAGAGGCUACCCAAGGUGUCACAGCUUGUUGGCCACACUCACAAUAUAAGCCAUGUGCAGAGGCUGCCCAGGGACUGCCAAGAGCUGUUUGAAGAGGGAGAACGGCAAAGUGGACUAUUCCAGAUUCAGCCUCAGGGGUCCCUGCCUUUCCUGGUUAGCUGCAGGAUGACUGCAGAUGGAGGGUGGACUGUAAUUCAGAGGCGCCAGGAUGGCUCUGUGGACUUCAAUCAGCCCUGGGAAGCCUACAAGGCUGGCUUUGGAGAUCCCCAAGGAGAGUUCUGGCUGGGACUGGAGAAGGUGCAUCUGAUCUUGGGGGACCGUGACAGCCACCUGGCUGUGAAGCUUCAGGACUGGGAGGGCAAUGCCGAGUCGCUGCAGUUCCCCGUCCGGCUUGGUGGUGAGGACACUGCCUACAGCCUGCAGCUAACAGCACCCGUGGCCAGCAAGCUGGGUGCCACCACUGUGACGCCCAGUGGACUCUCCCUGCCCUUCUCCACUUGGGACCAGGACCAUGACCUCCGAGGGGACAAGAACUGUGCCAAGAGCCUCUCUGGUGGCUGGUGGUUUGGGUCCUGCAGCCACUCCAACCUUAACGGCCAGUACUUCCACUCCAUCCCUCGACAGCGGCAGCAACGUAAGAAAGGCAUCUUCUGGAAGACGUGGCGGGGCCGCUACUACCCACUGCAGGCCACCACCAUGCUGAUUCAGCCCACAAUGGCUGAAGCAGCCUCCUAGCCUCCUUAUUGGGGCCUGGCCCCAGGCUCCUAGAGGAGAGUGACUUUGACUCUGGCCUAGCAUAUGGCCACUCCCUGCCUGGGCAGGGGCUCUGGGCAGGGGCCAUCUGGAGCCUUGUGGACAGAGAAGAAGCCUAUGACUGGAGAGGCCACCUUUCUUAGUGUGGAGGUCCAGGCGAUACUCUCUGAGAAAGACGGAACUGAAGGGCUGCAGGCCACAGGCCACAGAAGUGUGGGACCAAUGGGCAUUGAGGCCUGCUACUUGCCUACCUGAGGAGUUGGGGAACACAGAAGGACCACUCAGGGGCAACCACAACAGCCCUGAAAUGCAGAUUCAGUCAUGUUGACUGGCCAGGGGACCAGAGUGCCCUCACCAAGCUGUGGUGUGUGGGUGCUGUGGGAUGAGCCCACGCCAGUGGUGUCUGGGCAGAGCUCACCGAAUUCUUGGAAUAAAAGCAACCUCGGAACAUUU